AUGGUGGCGAUAGACGAGAGCGAAGUGAGUUUUUACGCGCUGAAGUGGGCUCUGGACAAAGUAGUGUUGAGGAGGAGGUACUACCAAUACCAUGCUGGUGGUGGUCCGAGUCCNCCAGAGGGGGCUACGCAGCCAUGGGGGGAGGAGGAGGAGAAGAGGCCGAUGAAAGUGAUGGUGGCGAUAGACGAGAGCGAAGUGAGUUUUUACGCGCUCAAGUGGGCUCUGGACAAAGUAGUGUUGAGGAGGAGGUACUACCAAUACCAUGCUGGUGGUGGUCCGAGUCCGAGUUCGAGUUCGAGUCCAACAGAAGGUGAUGAUGAUCAGCAAGAAUUGGAGAUGGUCACUGUCACUGUGGUUCACGUCCUUCAGCCUUACCAGCCCUUCAUCGUCCCUGCUGGACCCGGUGAUGAUGAUCAGCAAGAAUUGGAGAUGGUCACUGUCACUGUGGUUCACGUCCUUCAGCCUUACCAGCCCUUCAUCAUCCCUGCUGGACCCGCUAUAUAUGCAACUCCUACAGUCAUAGAAUCGGUAAGGAAAGCUCAAGAACAAAAUGCUGCUGCGAUACUCUCACGUGCACUACAUAUGUGCGAAGAAAAGAAGAUCAUGGCUAAAUCUUUGCUUCUCGAAGGAGACCCGAAGGAAAUGAUAUGCGAAGCUGCAGAGAAAAUGGAAGUUGAUCUUCUGCUCGUGGCUAUAUAUGCAACUCCUACAGUCAUAGAAUCGGUAAGGAAAGCUCAAGAACAAAAUGCUGCUGCGAUACUCUCACGUGCACUACAUAUGUGCGAAGAAAAGAAGAUCAUGGCUAAAUCUUUGCUUCUCGAAGGAGACCCGAAGGAAAUGAUAUGCGAAGCUGCAGAGAAAAUGGAAGUUGAUCUUCUGCUCGUGGGUAGUCGUGGACUGAGCAAGAUCAAAAGGUAA